AUGCAGAAACACACCCCAUCUGUCCUUAUAACCGGUUGUGGAAAAGGUGGAAUCGGACAUGCUCUUGCUGUCGAGUUCCAGAACCAGGGCUUUUUGGUUUUCACAACCUUGUUAGCUCACGAGCCCCGGGACCAUCUUACCGGUAUCGGGAUUACAGCGCUUAGCGCUGACGUGACGAACGACGAUGAUAUUCGGUCGUUGCGAGAGUCCAUUUCCGACAAGACGGGCGGUCGAUUGGAUAUACUGGUAAACAAUGCAAAUAUAGGCUACACCAUGACCGGAAUAGACACGGAUGUGAAAGAGGUCGAGAAGAUGUUUGGUGUGAAUGUCUUCGGCCCAAUGAGGAUGGUGCAUAUUUUCCACCCGCUGCUUAUUCGCGCACAGGGGAAAAUAGUCAAUAUUGGGAGUGUUGGGGGGAUUGUGCCCUAUGUUUACGGGUCAAGCUACAAUGCGACGAAGGCAGCGCUGCAUCAUUGGGGAAAUACACUGAGGGUUGAGUUGAAGCCGCUUGGCGUCGAGGUGGUCAAUAUCAUUUCUGGUGAAAUAAGUACCAACAUCCUAAAGCGCGACCAGAGUCGGCGAUUACCUGAUGAUUCAUUCUAUCGGCCUCUCGCACGGGAAUUUGAGAAUCAUGAAGAAACUACAACGCCCCAUGAGUAUGCGAUGUCCGUUGUGGCGGAAGUGACAAAACGAAAUCCGCGGAUUUGGUUCUGGACCGGAGCUACUUCUAGUCUGGUCUGGUUUGGAGACACGUUUUUACCAAGAUGGAUAUGGUGUGAUGAGAACGAAUACACCGUCUAG